AGCGUGAGUGAGUAAUCUUGCAGCCGGUCCGCUAGUCAGAAGCUCAGUCAUUCAAACAAACGAUGAAAGGGAAUACUUUGGAUUAGAUACGACUGAAAGAAAAAUAGGAGCAAAGACCAAGGGAUAGAGAAAAGGUCACGCUGACAGAGUUGAGGAUGAUGGCAGAGGGGCGUUUUGCCAGUCUGCCCAGGUCCCUCCAUGCACACCACGUCGUGGGAGGAGGCACUGUACACCAUGGAGUUCCCUCAAACUCCCUUGGCAGCACCACCUGCUCCUCCAGGGGGCUCCAGUCCUCCCUCGCCUCCUCCAUGGACCUCCUCAGCUCCAAACCGGGCUUCCCCACAGGCCAUGGCAGCGGCCUCUCAGAUCUGCCUGCUUCGGCCUACCAGCAAAUCUCCAUUCACGGGACUCUGCCUCGACGCAAGAGAGGCGGAGCAAACCUCCCCCAUGGAAACUACACCUUGAACACGUCACUGCCUCCCGGACACGCCCAUCAACCCCUGACCUCUCCACUGGUCCAACAUAUAAUCGACGACUUUCAUGGUUACAGGGAGCCUGCUGCCGGCCUGGAUGCCACGGUGGACUAUGUCAAGUUUUCCAGGGAUCAGUUCAUCGUGGACUGUCCUUCGGAGAAACUUCGCAGAGAGCUGGAGGAAGAACUAAAGAUGAACUGCGAGGAGCCGAGAAGUCACGCAUGGUACCACGGAGCGAUACCCAGACAGGUUGCAGAAAACUUGGUUCAGCGUGACGGAGACUUCCUGAUGCGUGAUUCGCUGUCAAGCCCAGGAAGUUAUGUCCUCACCUGCCAGUGGCGAAAUUCUGCCCAGCACUUUAAAAUCAACAAGAAGGUGGUAAUGUUGAACGAAGCCUAUUCUAGGGUGGAGUACCGGCUGGAGAGGGAGGGGUUCGACAACAUCCCUGCACUCAUAAGAUACUAUGUUGGCAACAGGAAGUCUGUCUCCGAGGUGGUUGGAGCCAUUAUUUUCCAGCCAAUCAACAGAGCGCUGCCGCUGCGCUGUUUGGAGGAGAAGUACGGGUUGUCCAGCCAUCACAGAGGGACGAUCAUAUCGCAGGAGAAACGUAACCAGAAGCGCCUCAGCCUCAACAUCACUAACGGACACACACAGGACAGUGCACGCACCACGCAGGACAGCACACACUGCCGGGACAACGGCACAAGCCGAGGCAGCCAGCUCAGGUUGAAGGAUCGCUGUGGCAGCCAACCAGCGAGUCUAAAUCAGGUCCCAGAGAGGCGACGCCCACUGAAGGCACACCAAUCAGAAAGCUACCUGCCUCUCGGAUCCAUACCCCAGCCUCCUGACCCUCUGCUCCCGGGCCCCAACCCCAAGUCUCCAGUGUUUCGGACGGGCAGUGAGCCGGUGCUGAGCCCCUCAGUCCCACGGAGGUCUGCAGAGUGUCUGCCAGGCCAGGCCAUCCGGGGCUCAGAUAGCCAGCUGUGUCCCAAACCUCCUCCAAAGCCCAGCAAGGUGCCCCUGGCCCGGCUGCCCCGCUCCCCCGCCCUGCAGCCUCUGGCGCCCCCCCCCAUCUCCUCCAGCCUCACAGACGCCUCCUCCACCUCCCCCAGGCUGGCUGCACCUUCCCUGGACUCCACAGGUGUGGAUACUCAUGGUUCUACAUGGAGGAGCGGAGCCACCACAGGCCCUCCUGUUCCUCCAGUGAAACCCCUGAAGUUCCUCCAACAGCUCCACCCUGCAGACUCCUACAGCUCCUCCAGUUCUCUCCUCUCCCCCGCUGAACAGUACUCAGAUUCAGAGACAAACGCAGGAUGGACUGAGCGCCUGCAGCCCAGUCCCGCAGAACCGAGGUCCUGCAGCCCACUACAGUGGGAGGAGCCAGACUCCAUGUCGGACCUCUACCUUCAGCCUCUGCCCUGCAGCUACGUGGAGAGACUGAGGAGAGAGGGAGAGGGCGGGAGACAGGAGAAGGAGAAGGAUGCGGGAGGGAGGAGAGGGCUGGAUAGGAGCUCCUACCAUCACGCCAUCGCUGCUUUGGAAAACACCAGCGAGGAAGAGGAGGAGGACGCAGGGAGGGAGGAGGAGGAGGAAGAAAAGAGGAGCAGUUUCCAGCGGCCGGUGGAAGAGACGGAGUCCACGUUCCGGCCUUCGGAGUUCGGAUCUCGACUUUUGCCGGAGGAGAACAAACCGCUGGAGAUGGUGGUGCUGAAGAGAGCCAAGGAGCUGCUGCUCAGCCACAAUCACCACAGCAUCGCCAGACACCUGCUCAUGGCCGACUGCCAGGUUGCGAGGAUAGUCGGAGUGACUCCAGAGGUCAAAGGUCAGAUGGGCGUGUCCUCCGGUCUGGAGCUGGUGACGUUGCCGCACGGUCGACAGCUGCGGCUGGACCUGAUGGAAAGGCACCACACCAUGGCGAUAGGUGUUGCCGUGGAUAUUCUGGGAUGUACGGGUAGCGCAGAUGAGCGGGCGUCCACCUUAAAUCGCAUCAUCCUGGUCGCAGUGGAGCUGAAGGACACGGUGGGCGACCUGUUUGCUUUCACGGCCCUGAUGAAAGCUCUGGAUCUGCCACAGAUCAGCCGUUUGGAGGAAACAUGGACAACUCUACGAAGGAACUACACACAGACCGCCAUCAACUACGAGAAAAUACUCAAACCUUUUUACAAUAAUCUGUAUGAGGGCACAGCUUCCUCCCCUGCGGUGGUCUGCGUCCCCCUCCUGCUGCCCCUCCUCACUUUGAUGGAGCGCCCGUCAAUCACACCUGAGGGGGCGGAGCUCUGGGAGACCAGCGACCAGGGCUGUGACAUCAUGCUGCGCCACCUAGAGGCCGCACGCCAAGUGGCACACAACUCACACAGCUACACAGCCAACGCACACAAGUUAUUACAAGGAUUGACAUGGGAUGAAGACCUGUUGGAGGUGUUUAAAACGGACUUUCAGCUGCGGCUGCUGUGGGGGAGCCGUGGAGCUUCAGUUAACCAAUCAGAUCGCUACAACAAAUUCAACCUCAUCCUCACUGCGUUGUCACGGAAACUGGAGCCCCCGCCUAAAACACAAACAUUAAUCUGACUCCAACCUGAACAAAAACUCUGACAUCAAAUGCACUUUGGACUUCAGUCGAGCAUCAGGAGGACAGGAAACAAAGAGAAGAAGAGGAGCAAACUGUGACGAGGCAGGAAGUUGAUCAGCGAGUGAUGAAGAGGAUACACUUUAAAAUCUCCAUACAAAGACUCAGCAGCCGAACCUGAUGUCAGAUGUUGAUUAGGCUCUUAAUUUGUUAAAUAUUUCACAAAAGUCUGUCGUUUUACUCUAGUUUAAAGGCUUCAAUUUCACUCAAUGACUCAUAGCUCAUAGACACCUCACAUUCUAAGAUACACAUGCAGGCAUAAUCUAAAACAUACCCGGAUCAAGAUCAUCAUUAUUACAUUUGAAUUACUCUUGCCGUUGCCAUGAUCAAGAGAUGCAGGCAAUAUCCAAAGUUCACUUAACCCUUAUGUUGUGUUCUGGUCUCCCGUGACCCGUUUCAAGUUAAAAUGAUAUCAUAACUACGCUCUAGUUUCUUUUAUCGGAACACAGCUUCAUGAUAUCCUCCACAACAGCUAUACAAACACUACAAAACUGAUUAUGACCAUUUUUGCCAAGUCUGAAGGUCUCUAAAAAAAAGAGUGUAUAAUUUGGUGGCCCACCCCCUUUAUCAAUUGUAACAAUAAUUUUUCGCAACAUGCACCUGGUCAACGCUUUUGAACACAACACAAGGUUUAAAUCCUUGGAACUUGAAUCCUUCAUGAAAUGGAAAGAUAUGCGGCUUUGUCACAGCUUAUCUUUAAAACAAUCUUUUUAAAGGGAGUUACUGAUUCCUGAGAAAAGAGCAGACACAAGGAGCUUAAACUGAGGCUUUUAAUGCUUUUUCCCUGAUAAGGCACUUGUUUUAUUUCUACUCUGACAUUCCAGUUAAUGGAGAACAUCAUUUUGCCGCAUCAAACUACAAAUAGCUCAUCUUGUGACAAAUAUAUUCAGAAGAAAAUGUCAGGAUGUGUAUGCCCUCCGUAUUUAUUUAUGUGAAAGUAGUUUUAUAAACGGAGGAAGGAAAUUUCCCUACAAAAUGCACAUCUCUGUACGUUGCUUAGAUAGAAAGAAAACAUGUGAGAGUUGCAAUGAGAUUUCUGGCUAUAAUGAUCUCUGUUACCUUCGAUAUGAAAUCACUGAAAACAAUCAUAUUAUAUAAUAACAUUAUAUAACAACAUUCACAUUAAUACAAUAUUAAACCAAGGUUUUUUUUCACAAAUCAUUAGAUAUAUAAUAUUUCCAGGUGAAAAUAUUUUUCUUUCUGCAUAAACCUGAAAAGUAAGUUAACAUGUGAGAGACUAAAGUUGUACAUAAUUGAAAAAGUAGCAUGUUAAGAGACUGUACAUAUUUCCUGUAGAAGACUGACUGUAAAAAAAAAAUGUCGCUGAUUUUAAUAUGUUUAUAUUACUAUGAAUUUAAGAAUGAAUAAAUAUGGUG